GGAGUCUUGGUUCUAUAGUGUAAGCGGCAGCACGUUCAUCGUUUUACUCUUGCUAAUUUUCUUUCACAUUUCGUUUUUAUGUUCAAUUUUUGCGAUCACGAGACAUACACAAAUUUGCAAAAGUUUUGAAUUUAAAAGGUCCACAUUGUAUUCAAUAUAUUUUAAAUUGAUAAGGAUAAUAUUAAAUCGAAAAGAUAAUAAUUUACGAUGAUAAUCGCCCAUUCAAAUAAGCGUGUAAAAUCAAUGAGCAUCGUGUGAAACUCAUUUGGUCCAAAUAUAACCAACAACUUCAUAACAUGUUGAAUUUUGACAUUUAAUUGAUAAAGUGAACUAGAACCAGUUUGAAAAAUAAAGGAAAUAACUAUAAAACAUUCAAUAAUAAUACUGGGCUAAAAUAGGGGGAUCCAAAUGAUUAGAUAAAUAUUUAGUUUGUUAGCAUAACCAGUAUUAGUUAAUCAGCUGCUGUCAUUGCGUAAUAUCGCAUUUACUUGUGUAAAUAAACCCGAAAUCUAUUUCCGACAUCAACUUUAGUUUCAUUAUUACUACAGACUUCAAGCCAAUCGGAACGCUUCUCUCGAAUAGUAAUGUGAUGUGAUGUGCAAAGGCGAUUUGUGAACAAAACUAUUUACAGUGCAACAGUGAAGACAAUUAUUAUUAUCAAUUACUCGAGACGUGUGCUUUCGUUCUAAACAUUAUUGUGACGAAUUUUUUCCAUUUAGAGCAAUGUUGCAAUUUUUAUUGGUUGCACUUUUAGUUUUAUUGUACACAUAUUGGCGAAUUGCUACAAAACGACCAAAAUUAUAUCCUCCAGGUCCAAAAUGGUUACCAAUUAUUGGGAAUACAUUGUUGCUACGUAGCGAAACUCGGCGAUAUGGUAGACAAAUCGAUGUGUUUCGAGCUUGGAAAGAGAAAUACAACAGCUCCGUCAUUGGCCUGAAAUUGGGAAGUGAACUGGUGGUGGUUGCACUAGAUUAUCCAAUUAUUCACAAAAUUCACACGAGCAGUGAGUUUGAUGGACGUCCCGACAAUUUCUUUCUCCGUCUGCGCACAAUGGGAUCAAGAUUGGGAAUCACAUGUACGGAUGGCGAACUAUGGUCUGAACAAAGAAAUUUCGUAUCACGACAUUUGCGUCGAUCGGGAUACGGUCGUAAUGCGAUGGAAGAGUUGAUCCAACACGAAUUGAACGAACUGAUUGAAGUGAUUGGAACAUUUGCCGAAAAACCAGUGUGGCCGUGCAACUUUCUGUCGAUCAGUGUGUUGAAUGUGCUGUGGACUUUUACCGCUGGCAAGAAGAUUUCAAGUAAUGAAAAUUUGGCACAUUUACUGGAGCUAAUGAAACAAAGGAGCAAAGCGUUCGAUAUGUCUGGUGGAUGGCUGAACACAAUGCCAUUCCUGCGAUUCAUUGCACCGGAACGGACAUCGUACAAUUUGAUUAGGCGAUUCAAUAUUGAGCUAUGUAAUUUCUUCAAGCCAAUUAUUGAGGAACAUAAAAACGAAUUCGGCGUGAAUAGAGUUGAUGAAGAUUUAAUUUUCGCUUUUAUCAAUGAAAUGAAACAAAAUGAGGGCGUUUCGUCGAACUUUACCGACACGCAGCUUAUCAUGGUGAUUUUGGAUUUGUUUAUCGCUGGUGCGCAAAGCACUAGCAACACAAUGGACUUUAUUAUGAUGUCAUUGGUGAUGAAUGAUGAAAUCCAGAAAAAGUGUCACAAAGAAAUCGAUGCUGUGCUGAGUGCCAACGAACUCCCAUCGCUGAAAGAUAAACCGAAAUUGGCCUAUAUUGAAGCCUUAAUAUUGGAAACACAGCGAUUUUAUAAUAUAGUGGCAGUGUCGGGACCGCGUCGUGUUCUAAGAGAAACCAAACUGGGUGGAUAUCGGCUGCCAAAAAAUACAACCGUAUUGAUGGGAUUGGAAACGAUUCACAUGGACACGGCACAUUGGGGCGAUCCACACGUAUUUCGACCGGAGAGAUUCUUAGAUGCAGACAAUAAAAUUACAAACACAGAGAGAUUCGUUGCAUUUGGACAGGGCAAACGGAAAUGUUUAGGCGAAGCACUUGCUCGAGCCUCUUUAUUCAUAUUUACCGUAGGGAUUCUACAAAAAUUCAAGUUAGAAAUUCCACCAAAUGGGCAGAUGCCAGAAAAACGAGCACAGGCCGGUCUUCUUACAACUCCAACACCCUAUGAAAUAGUAUUCAAAUGCCGUUGACACCUUUGAAAUAGCAUAUCAAUAAAAGUGCUAUAAAAAUAGAAUGAAACCGUUUCACAGCUCAAUAUUACAAUAACAAAUGACGAACUAAUUACCAGUUGUAGAAUUUAGUUAAUAUUGCAUUAAACUGUGUCUUUUGAAAACUAUGCAAACCUUGGCUAGUUGAUCAACGGGUUGGAACAUGAUCAAAAGAGUUACGAUAGGAUUUAUAAAUUUUACAAUGAACUAAUUUAUCCAAUAAACCAGUAGAACAUUCAA